AUGGGCGUAACAAAGGAAACUAUUAUGGAAGGAGACGGCAAGACCUUCCCAAAGCAAGGAGAUCAAUUGACGAUGCACUACACAGGAACUCUGACGAAUGGAGGAAAGCAAUUUGACAGCAGCGUGUCACGUGGAAGACCUUUUCAAUUCGUCAUCGGGAUUGGGCAAGUGAUUCAAGGCUGGGAUGAAGGAGUCAUUCAAAUGUCCUUGGGAGAGAAAGCUAACCUCCAAAUUUCCAGUGAUUUUGGAUACGGUGCUCGUGGGGCUCCAGGUGCUAUCCCUCCCAAUGCUGACCUGACCUUUGAAGUUGAGCUCUUGGCCAUUGGUACCAACAAGGCUCCCGGAUUCAGUGAUGAAGGCAGCUAUUGCCAAAUCAUGUAA